UUGGGAAUAAAGUAAUAAUUCCAUCCCUGGAUGGAGACCUGUUCCAGUGGGACAGAGACCGGGAGAGCAUGGAGACGGUUCCUUUUACAGUGGAAUCGCUGCUGGAAUCUUCCUACCGACUUGGUGAUGAUGUGGUCUUGGUUGGAGGGAAGUCACACACAAGCUAUGGGUUGGAUGCAUACACUGGAAAGAUGCGAUAUAUCUGCUCCGCAGCAGGCUGCCGCCGCUGGGAAGAGGAAACGACUGAGCAGGAUUCAGACCUCUUGCUGCUGCAGCGUACACAGAAAACUGUCAGGGCUGUGGGACCUCGAUCUGGUACAGAGAAGUGGAACUUCAGUGUCGGACACUAUGAGCUGAGGUUUAUUCGAGAUGCUGCAUCGAAGGUCAACUACAUUGAGAGUAGUUCCACUGCUAAUAGUAGGAAUGGUCAAUCAGCGACCUUCUCUGAAUGGGACCAGGAUACCACUGUGAAAGAUCGUAUUAUAAAGGUCUCGGUGUCGGACUGGAAGGUGAUGUCUUUUAGCAGUAAACGAGGUGGCCAACUGGAGUGGGAACACCAGUUCUGUACUCCGGUGGCAUCAGCCUGGUUAGUGGAGAAUGGAGAAGUGAUCCCGGUCAGCCUCUUUGAUGAUGCCAGCUAUUCUGCUAGCCGCAGCAGUGAGAUAGAAGACGAGGAAGAUCUGGUGGAAGCUGCGAGAGGAGCGGCAGAGUCAGCUGAGUCUGGAGUCUAUCUCGGCAUGUACAAGGGACAACUGUACAUGCAGUCAUCUGUUAGGUUGUGUGAGAAAUUCCCAUUGAUGCCCACCCUUGAGGAAUAUGGAGACAACAAAGUUGCGUCUUUGCCUGAUGUCAGGUGGAAGCCUCUAAUCCAUUCGCCAACUAGAACACCAGCAUUGAUUCGGUCAGAUGAGCAUGAUAAAUGUCUCAGCAAUGAUAGACAUUCUCAUGAUGAAUAUAGUAAUGGAGCUCUGUCGAUUUUACAGUAUCCAUACGAUAAUGGUUUUCAUUUGCCUUACUAUGUGCGUGAGAGAAACAAGCGUGGCACCCAGGUUUCCAUCAAAUUCUUCGACUCGACUAGGAAAAAGAAGGAAAUCACAAGGAAGGACCCCAUUCUCCUGCUGGAAUGGUGGAGGGAAAUUGCUUUCACCAUCCUUGUCUGCAUUAUUGCAACUACUUAUGUGGUUCAUAAGCUUGUCCGAUAUCCAGCUUCAGUCAUGAAAAAGGAGAAAUUGGAGUUUCCAUGUCGGACUGACAGCACAAGUGAGGUGCCUGUGGGAGAAGUUAAGGUUGACUUGAUAAAUUGCUGUGGGACUGCUGACUACGUGUCCAGAUGCCUUACUGACUUUGAAUUGGUUCAAUGUCUUGGACGCGGAGGAUUUGGUGUUGUUUUCGAGGCCAAAAACAAAGUUGAUGAUUGUAAUUAUGCUAUCAAGAGGAUUCGACUCCCGAAUCGAGACCAAGCACGGGAGAAGGUGAUGCGGGAGGUGAAGGCACUGGCUAAGCUGGAGCAUCCGGGCAUUGUCCGCUAUUUCAAUGCCUGGCUGGAGACGCCACCUGAAGGCUGGCAGGAGGAGAUGGACAAGCAGCUGCUGAAAGAUGAAGGCACUGAUUGGCCUGCGAGUUCUCCAGAUGUUCCAUCUGUUAACCGUCCAGAGCUUCCUGUUGCAGCAAACUGUUCAGACUUCAGCCAAUCUUUGGAACAGCCCCAUUGUGGCCAAGAUAGUCUUCUGUCUGAGUAUGAAAGUGAAGGCAAUUCUGAGCUGGCACAUUCCUUUGAACUAUUCCCUUCAGCUGCUGGCAGUGUUGUGAAGGAGGACAGGACUGCAUCCUUUGACGUGGUGUUUGAAGAUUCUGGCUGUGACCAAGCAUCUGAGCAUACACUGGACUUGGCGCCAUCGUGCCACAGUAGAAGCGGUGAUGGGAGACAAAACACCAUUUCUCGGGAAGAGAAAUCAAGUAGAACUGGGGGUCUGGUUUCCAAUGAUACUUUAUCACGUUCUCCACCAAGACCCACAUCGUUAAAUCUGGGCCUGUGUAAAGACUCCGGGGAGAAAGCAAAACCAAACUCGCCUAAAGUUUACUUGUACAUUCAGAUGCAACUCUGCAGGAAAGAGACUCUGAAAGACUGGAUGAAUGGCCGAUGUCAGAUGGAGGACCGGGACCGGACUGAGUGUCUAAAGAUAUUUUUACAGAUGGUUGACGCUGUCUGCUUCUUGCACUCCAAAGGAUUAAUGCACAGGGAUCUUAAGCCUUCAAAUAUUUUCUUUACUUUGGAUGAUGUGGUGAAAGUGGGUGACUUUGGGCUAGUCACUGAAAUGGACCAAGAGGAAGAAGAGGGGUCCAUACUUACACCAAUGCCAAUGUACGCUAGACACACAGGGCAAGUGGGUACUAAGCUCUAUAUGAGUCCUGAGCAGAUAUCUGGAAAUACUUACUCUCACAAAGUGGACAUCUUUUCUUUGGGCCUGAUCCUGUUUGAAUUGUUGUAUCCCUUCAGUACACAAAUGGAGAGAAUUCAGACAUUAACAGAUGUUCGCAAUUUGAAGUUUCCCACUUUAUUUCUAGAGGACUAUCUUCAGGAGCAUGAAAUGGUGCAGAAAAUGCUUUCUCAUGAACCAGCUGAACGACCAGAGGCUGUGGACAUUGUCAACAACCCGUUCUUUGAGAGCUUUGACAUUCCUGAAAGGCAGCUGCUGAGGCAGAGGUCACGGACACUCAGCUCCAAUGGAGUCAAGACUGUGAGGGCAUCUGUCUCGUAACAUUGGAUGUCAGUUGAUUCAGCCUACAGGUUCUUGAUCUCUGAUACCUUCCCAUUGCAUCGUAACAAUUGAAAUAAGUAUUUGGAAAAGAUUGCAAGGCUCAUUCUGAUCACUUACUUUGAAAUAAUUAUCAGAGUUUUUAAGGACUAAGUGAUGUGAUAACAAAGCUUCUUUUCUACUAUCCACCCAAGCUGAUACCUAACAUGUUUAUAGAAAAUAUCUCCGCUCGGAAGAUUAUGCAUUUGAAGUAACAACAAGCGCAGAUCUACUGUUUUUGAAGGCUUAUUUUGUCUUGUGUGUCACAGCUUCCAUUAAUUCUAUUCUAUAAGCACAUACUGUGCAUUCCUUUAGUGGCUACACCUGCACAGUAGAUCAGAUGCAUGCAUUUCAAGAGAAAGUCGGAACUGGAAUUUAAUCUGCAGUACUCCUAACUUCAUUGCAACCUUGUGUCAAAGGGCAUUUGUCCAACUUUCAGCUGGAAGCCUGUAUUUUUGGAAAUUGAAACAUCACCACAGUGUGGUUUUCAGUCAUGAUUUGAAAGCAUCACCUGGCCCUCAUUCACAAGUUUUCGGGAAUUGGCCUGACUGUACGUGGUGAAUGAUGGAGUUAGAAUGUAGUUAUAGUGCUGUGACAGCACAAUGGCAUAAAUACAUUAACUAUUAAUCAAAAAUCAUGCUGUGCAAAUUUCAUAGUGAGUGGGCAAUUUGUAUUCUUAAUAAUGCAAACUAGAUCUUUACAUUUGAUAUUGUGUUUACAUUACUGUACUGACUGAAGAUAUUUAAUUUCUUGUACUAUAAGUAUGUUCUUUGAAUUUCUGACCAGCUAAAAAUAGGUGAACAUUCAGAAAUUUCCCCAUGUUGUCACAACGCUUCUUUCACCAGCUCUUCAAUGCUUCGAUGGGUAAUGAUUUAGUUCUGUGCAGCACUGAAUGCUAAAGUGAAGAAGAUUCCAACCUCCAUUUCCAUCGGUGUUCGGUUAGCUGCACUUAAUUGUGAUGCUACAAUACAGCACGUUUUUGGUUAUUCCAGGAAAAAUAUCAAUAUUAUCUACACCUGAUUGGCAGAAGGCAUAUCCUGUGCUCGUACUUUCAUUGCAGCUGUAGAGAGUAGUUGUUUGGACUGAUGCUGGUUUAUCAUGCACCAUUAAGAUGCAGUGCAAAACUCUGACUCUGUUGCUUUGUCUUGUCAUGUCAUGUCAUCUAGGUUCAUUUAGAACAUGUUGUUCCUGUUGAGUAUCUAAAACCAAUUUGUUUAAUUUCUCUAAUUGCCUAAGCAGGUUUUCAGCAUUGUAGAUUCAACACCAACUUAAAAAUUAUUGAGCAGAAUGCUUAUUAUAGGUCUGUCCAAUCUAAUUAUUCCUCCAGGUCCUUAUCAGGCUAUUGUAUAAUUUUGUGCACUCUUUAAAGGAGUGGAAUUAUAUUGUUGUGUUCCGAGAACUUGUUAAAAUCUUUUCAGAUCUAUAUAUCUGUAUUAUACCAUUUUGAAUUAGCUGUCAUUUUGGCUCAUUAUAGUGAUCCAUUUAAUUCUUUUUCAACCUGGGGAGAAAAGAGCUGUUUAAUGUGUGGAUUGUAACCAGUGAAAAACAGCCACUCGAUCUCAAACAUACAUGCGCGCCAUUAAUUAUAUCAGCUUCCUUCAGCACUAUACAAAAACACUGAGAUAAGAUCUGAAUAAUGAAAGACUGUUGGGAAAGAGUAGAGAUGGGAUUAGUUCAGUGGUGCUGGAGUUAGCACAUGCAGGUCAAUAGGCUACCAGAUUUGUGCCAUGUUAAAAAAGAAUUGUCAACUUUCCAAAUCAAACAACAUUUAAGUCUCCAUUUUAAAUAAACUGUGUUGGUGCCCUGAAUGGCAAGGAUGAGCCCAGAUCUCUGAAGUUACUGAGGAUAUUUGCUCAAAACCAGACGGAUGGAGAAAUGUGUGGUACUGUUCUUGCAGUUUGCUUGCAACAUUAUUGGAAGCUAAAGACAGAGUUUCAAGUACAAGCAGGAGGAGUUAAUAUGGUGAGUCACCCUCAGCGGGUGCUCAGUGAAAUGGACUCCUAAUCUGUGGUAGGGGAAAGUGUGCUGUAAUAGAGGAAAGUGUGUUCAAGGGAAGGCUGGACAAGCACAUGAGGAAGAAGGGAACAGCAUUAUGCUUCCCUACAGUUUUUCUGUCUGACCUAAUUUUUAACAGUGUGACCCCAGAUGCCGGCACAUUGACAUUCAAAAUGUGAUUAAGUUUGUGUGUUCCAGAUCAACAUAUACAUCUCGUAAGUAUGAAAAUCUGUGCUUUAUAGCACAUUGUUAAUGUUUUGUAUAAUUAGUUAUAUAAUUUCCCUUCCCCACUAUCACAAUUUAAUUGUAAUCAAACCACCACAACCGCAGUGCACUUCUCUUCUGAAUGUCAAUCCACUCUCUACACUAGCCUGUUCCUCCGUUCCCCCUCUACCCAUUUAUUCAGUCAGCACUCUUUCCCCCAACUAUCAUCAUAACUCUCACACUAACUCCUGUUUCCUUUGGUUUGUUUGGGAGUUGUUGCCAGUACCAGUACAACAGAAUUUCAGUCUGGGAGGCUGAGGAGCCUGUUCUGCAGGAGCAGGAACACAAUAAUAAAGUUAGAGCCAGCAACUCACCUUCUCAGCUAAACCACAUGACCUCUGGUUUUCCCCUCAUGUUGGGAACAUCAGUCUUUGUUGUCCUCUGCCUGAAGCACGUUGGCAAGUUAUUUGGACUAAUGAACAAAUUGAUAAGUAAAUGAAAAAAAUUAAAUUCAAUAUAAUCUGUGACAAAAAAUUCCAUGGCUUUGAAAUUACAGCCCUUAACUUCUUUUCUGCACAUCGCAGUUUAUUUUGGCGCUGAAAAGUACAGGCUUUCAAUUGGCGGAUGUGCAGUAAGGACCCAAUCUGGCUGUAAUUUAUUUUUAUAGAGUACAUUGCAAUUUAUGAUUGCAUCAGGAUUUGACAUGAAUUUGUAAGGGCUGAACUGCAUAUACACAAAUUGGAUCCUGGCAAAAUCAUUGCACCAAGUGUCAGCAAACACUCUAUGAAACAUUCCAGGCCUACCUGAACUCCAUAUUAGAAAUAUUUAUUGAAGUCAAAAGAGUGAGCUCUUUGAGCUCACUUGUUCUGUUUGCCUGCAUUAAUCCAGUGGGUUCAGGCUGGUAGUCUCUUCCCCCUUGGUUGUCAUAGUUGUUUUAAGGAGAUGCAGAUUGUGACCCCCGUGUGACCUUUAAUUUCACUGGGAGUCAUGAUGCAUAGUUUCGGAAUCUCUACCAUAAAUUCCAAUUCCCCAAAAGUUUGGGUAGUGUAGUGAUUUGAUUAUGUAAAGUUACAUAGGUUAUGUGUUGAUUUGAUAAUCGAGAGGCCAGACUUCAACCUAGAGAGAAUUUGAAUUCAAUUACUAAAUCAAUCUAUAAUAACAGUUGUAUUCACUGACGAUCAUGAAGUUCCCAGUUUUUGUUUUAAUCUCUUGAUUCACUGCUGUUUAGGAAAGGCAAUCUGCUAACCUUACCUGGUCUGGCCUACAUGUGACUCCUGAUCUGCAGAACUGUAGUUAAUUUUGAAUUGCCCUCUGUUGACCAGUAAAUCAUUUAGUUGUAUAGAAAUAGCCAACAAAUGUUAGUCUUGCCAUGGGUGCCCACAUCCUGUGAGUGAGCAACAAAAGCCUCAAUCUCGAUCUGUAUUGACAAUUUAGAAAAAAACAGGAGUAGGCCUUUCAGCCCCCUGAGCCUGCUCCACCAUUCAAUAGCAUCAUGGCUAAUCCAGCAUUCCUCAGGUCCACUUUCCUGCCUUCCC